UACUCUGGAUUAUAUUGAUCGUUUUCAAUCAUUCUCAUGAAAAGAUAAGAGACCGGCGGCCAUGUUGGAGGAGUGAGCAAUAGAUACUAAUGAGAAAUCCUUUGUUAAAGUUCCUCCAAGAUGGCCGCUGUGACGUAACUUUAAACGAAGAAUUCCUUUAAUCGAACGUUUAUUUACUUUGUUUAUUUAUUUAUUUAUUUAUUUUUUAUUAUUAUUUUUAAGGGGAUCAUCAGAUUGUGCUCCCUGCCGAAUUUUGUAACGCAUAGUUGCAUAAUCACUGUGUUCCAAGUUCGCGAAUAAGGCUUUUGAGACGCGCGCGCAUUUAAAAGAAACAGGAAGCCCAAUUAUAAUACAUACAGYAAUCAUUCUUCCAUCUCAGACUGGCCUCAAAAUAAAGUCCGCUGCACAUUCUUCUACACCGAAAGAUCCAGUGAAAUUUAAUGAAUGAGAUGGCCUUAACUAUUACAAGUAUUUAAAUGUUUGAUCAUUSAAACUCCCCUAAUUAUAAGUUAAUGAUUAAAUUAAUUACGUCAUCAAUCAUUAAGUGUUCYAUAGCCUUCAACUGGAAAGACCUUUGCGUUAAAGAUGUCGUUUUUUGGAAUUUGUCGCGCACGUUUCACGACUCUUGCAAUAGGCCUKGGGGGCGCGACAAUUGCAGCUGCRAUAAUUGCUUCACGCUACAACAACGUCCUGGCUCGGGAUGGGGGAAGGCGCGCCUAUGAAAAGUUUUCAGCCAUGGCUGACUAUCCUGACCUAAGACAUCACAAUAACUUAAUGGCCAAGCACUURACUCCAAGAGUGUAUGCAAAACUAAGGAAUCAGGCUACGGGAUCCGGAUUUACUCUUGAUCAAGCUAUUCAAACYGGUGUGGAUAACCCUGGGCACCCUUUUAUCAGUACYGUUGGUCUUGUAGCUGGGGACGAGGAGUCCUACGAAACMUUUGCUGAGCUKUUUGAUCCCGUCAUUCAAGAAAGACAUGGCGGUUUUAGGAAGACAGACAAGCACAAGACGGAUUUAGAUUCGUCAAAAAUCCGWGGAGGAAAGUUUGACGAGAAGUAUGURCUUUCUUCCCGUGUGAGAACUGGUCGAUCAAUCCGUGGCUUCAGCCUUCCACCACACUGUACACGUGCAGAGCGCAGAGAGGUUGAGCAUAUUGUAACAGACGCUCUUGAUGGAUUAAAAGGUGAUUUACAAGGACAGUAUUAUCCAUUGAACGGCAUGAGUGAACAAGAGCAACAACAGUUGAUCGAUGAUCACUUCCUCUUCGAUAAGCCCGUCUCCCCACUUUUGACAUGCGCAGGGAUGGCACGUGACUGGCCCGACGCGCGAGGAAUCUGGCAUAAUUGUCACAAGAAUUUUCUUAUUUGGAUCAACGAAGAGGAUCACACGCGAGUUAUCUCCAUGGAAAAAGGCGGUAACAUGCGUGCAGUGUUUGAUCGAUUUUGCCGUGGACUUAAUGAGGUCGAACGUUUGAUCAAACAAAAGAACCACGAGUACAUGUGGAACCAACAUCUUGGUUACGUCUUGACUUGCCCUAGUAACCUAGGCACAGGACUACGAGCUGGCGUGCAUGUCAAACUUCCAAAUCUCGCUAAGGAUAAAAGACUGGACACUAUUCUUGACAAACUUCGUCUUCAGAAGCGCGGGACCGGAGGAGUGGACACCGCUGCCGUAGGAGGGAUCUUCGAUAUUUCCAACUCGGACCGACUUGGUUUCUCCGAGGUUGAGUUAGUCCAGAAGGUCAUUGAYGGAGUCAACUUGUUAAUUGAUAUGGAAAAGAGAAUGGAGARGGGYAAGACCAUCGAUGACCUCAUUCCUGGAAAGUAAAUCAUGGAAUCAAUAGAAAAAAAGAGACUUCUCGAUGUAUUAACUGGACUUAACAGUAUAAAAGAUAAAUGUUUAUCUAUGACCUCUAAAUGUCGAAUAAAGGAAAUGUAAUUUCGCACUGUAAAAUAAACUCCACGCGYCAUUKCCUCAUUCA